ACAUCCGGGAAAGAAUCUUCUAUUUUUCAUUCUCUUCAUUUUCUGAGAGAGGGUUAUUUGUUAUUGUAUAUGCAUUUAGUGGAUGUUACAGGGAGAAAAUAACACAGGUUGAGAUAUGUCAAAAUAAGGCUGCAUUUGGAGAAAGUAAACUAGCACUUGACGUCCUGUUGUGAAUUACAGUUGAACCAGACAGAAGCAGGCAGCCGACGUCAUUAUCCAUUUGAACUGUAUCGGACCGAAAAUGGCCACGUUAAAACAACAAGAUACUCUGAUGGAAUGCUUGAGUUGCAGCCAUCUUAAGACCGCAGAAAUUUGGAUUGCGCUUGAGCCGUUAGUGUCUACAGAAAAUGAGAUUUCAAUCUACAGACUUGAAUCUAUCGCAGGACGCUAUGAGUGCACAAUAUCAGGGCUGCGCUGGGUAUGUGAGAGCAAAGUCACACUUCUGUACCACUUCAGCUCUUGGGAUCCUCACAGGGCAGUGCUACAAAGCAUGGGGUACAGGCAAGCAGGCCCCCUACUGGACAUCAAAAUCAUUGAAGGAAAACUGAAAGAAGUGCAUCUGCCACAUUUUGCCUGUUUUGGUGCACGUAUGGAUAUCAACUAUACUGAACAAGACAUUGUUUUAUUUACCUGGGAAUUCUCAAUACAUAUGAAAAUAAAUGUUUUAAUCAAACUGAUAAUGUUUCUGUCCAUUUUAGGGGUUGGAGAUCGUUAUGAUCCCUCUAUAAAGCAGAAAGUGAGAGUUCUUCAUGUAGAAGGCCGUGGUGUGUCCAUAGAACAAGUGGAUAAGGUCACCCGCUUCCACGUCAAGAUUCUCCAUCCAUCUUUCUCUCUGAGAGGUGUUAUCCUGCAGGCAUUAGGGUGUUCCGUGCACUGUGACUUGCAGAUCUACCGAGCCAAGACAGCACACCUCACGCUACAUGCUUAUCUGAUGCCAUGUGAUCCUGCACUAACACAGGCAGUGGAGAAACAGGAGAAGUGUCAUGGAUCCACAAGGAUCCUAAAACCAAGACCAGAGAAGUCCCAAUGGUUGACUAGUGAUUUCUACCUCACAACAUCCUGUCCUUCUGAUGUUAACCCUCGUAGAUUGGAGCUCGCACAUGUUGACCCACCAAACUUCUUUGAGGUGUUUAUAAGAGACGCAGAUUUAGACUUCAGUCUGAACCUAAGCUGUAAAAGUCGUAAACAAACCAUAUGGAACCACGAAAUACGAGCAGCUGAAUACAGGGGUUCCAUCUUGACCUCAGACCAGCACUUUGUGGACCUCCACCAGACAGCCCUGAUUGACAGAGUGAGCCAAGUCGGUCCCAUCUUGGACAGACUCCUGAAGAGUGGAGUCAUCACUGCUGAUGGCUACAGUGACGUGAUAGCUGAAAGAAAUAACCAGAAGAAGAUGAGGGCACUCUUUGAUGGGCCCUUAAAAGGGUGUGGCCCCGAAUGCAAAGAUCGGUUCUUAGAGAUCCUGACAGAGCUGGAGCCAUACCUAAUCAAUCACCUGAAGCUGGAAUGAUGAGCUAGGUUG